CUCUUCUGUCAGACCCACGGACUGCGAAGAAGUGGCGCAUGGAGCACUUUCCGAUCGUGGAAGUGGCGCUCUGCUCUGUAGACGCCUGAAGUCAGGAGCAUUUCGUGCUGGUCAGACAGCUGAAGCGUCCAGAGGGCUUCACGCGUGAGUUGUACUUUGAAAAGGAGCGGAUUAUGACACAGGAAAGAAGGAAUCGGGAGAUUCGUCAAGGAAAACCAAACAUUCGUGGCUCUGAUAAAGCCGUCACCAUCCUCGGACAGUGAACAAUGCAUGACCUGACCGCCCAAGUCACCAGCAGCCUGCUGCCUUUCCCAGGAGUGACUGUAGAUGCUCUGGGGGAAGAUGAGAUCACUUUAGACUCUGUUCUACAUGGGAAGUUCACUGUUGGCCGCAGUGGCCUGGCGUGGCUGGCCUGUGGCCCCCAUUUGGAGGUUGUCCAUGCAGUGACAGGAGAACGUCUGUCUGCGUACUGCUUCAGUGGCGGAGGGGAGCACCCACCCAGUGUCCUUGCUGCCAGGGACUUCAGCUGGCUCAAACGGUCUGGACUGCUGGUUGGCUUGGAGGAAGCAGAGGGCAGUGUGUUGUGUCUCUAUGACUUAGGACUAUCAAGGGUGGUGAAAGCUGUGGUUAUACCAGGCAGGAUUACAGCCAUUGAGCCAUUAGUUAGUUAUGGUGGAGCGAGCACUUCGACGCAGCACCUCCACCAGAGUUUGCGCUGGUUCUUUGGCAUAGCUGCCGUGGUAACAGAUGUCGGUCAUGUUCUGCUUGUGGACCUCUGUCUCGAUGACCUGUCCUGCAGCCAAAGUGAACUAGAGGCUUCAGACCUGCAGGUAGUGACAAAAUCUCCUGCAGAGAUCCCCAGGCUUAGAGAAGUCAGCACCAGACAGGGCAGACAUCUUUGCCUCCAACUGAAUGGACCUAGUGGAGUUGGAGCCACUGCUCUGCAGUACAUCCCCAGGACCAACCAGUUGGCAGUGGGAUUUUCUGAUGGAUACUUACAGUUGUGGAACAUGAAGACUCUAAAGAAAGAAUACCACUCCCAGUUAGAGGGUGGUGGGGUGGCUGUGUAUGCCUUUACCUUCCAGGAGCCAGAGAAUGACCCCAGGAAUUGCUGCUACCUCUGGGCUGUCCAGUCUUCUCAGGACCUCGAGGGAGAUACGGUCAGCCUCCGCCUGCUUCAACUGGCCUUCAGUGAAAGGAAGUGUCUGUCUUCUGGGAAGAUCCUCUAUGAGGGUCUAGAGUACUGUGAGGAACGUUACAGUCAGGAGUUAAGUGGCACAGCUUUCCCUCUCAGGGCCCAGACCACCAACACCCGCCUGCUGAGUUGUCAGACCAUUGAGAAAUUCAGACCCCAUCCUGACAGGGAUGACAGCAUGAAUGAAGUUGCAUCUCCAGACACCAGUGUGUCUAUCUUCAGCUGGCAAGUCAAGGCCUAUGGUCAGGGAACCCCAACUACCUACAUCGGGGUUUUUGACAUCAACCGCUGGUACCACGCACAAAUGCCAGACUCUUUAAGACUGGGGGAGUCUCUGCAAAAUUGUCCCUACCUGGCAGUUUGGUCUCUGGACCCAGUGGUGCAGAUGGUGUCUCCACAUGCCCUCCUGGAUGUGGUCAUACAUGACCGCAGCCUGAGCAGGGGCCUUCCCUUCACCUGUCCCCCACCAGAACAGUACUUCAACCCCACCACAUACAACUUUGAUGCUACCUGCUUGCUCAACUCUGGAAUUGUGCACUUAACCUGCUCUGGGUAUCAGAAAGAGACCCUGAGCUUUUUGAAGAAAGCUGCUCCUUGUUCCAGUGACAUCAUCUCCACUAGCUACUCUCGCUGCCUCAUGUCUGGCCUACUCUCAUCUCGCCUGGCUGACACCCAGGCCUCCAGCCUCUCUCAGGAGGAGCAGCUGGAUGCCAUCUUGUCUACAGCGGUGGAGACCAGCUCCUUGGGACUGAUCACCGGCUGUAUCAAGCAGUGGACUGCAGAAGAACAACCAGGCUCCGCACUGAACCUGCGUUACAUCUUGGAUUGGGCCUGGAACAAAGUAGUCCAGACCAAGGAGGAACUGGAUGGCAUCUGCGCGCCGCUGUUUGAUAGCUCAUCCAACUUCACAGACCCUCAGACUUUGCAGCUGCUACAACACAGCCAGAGACUGCUGGGUAACCUCAGCACCAUCUUCCACUGUCUACUCAGUGAGGCUCAGGAGCUCACACAAAAAGGUCUGGUGGGGCUGAUAAACAAGAACAUGGUGUCCAGUCUGAUUUCGAAGUAUGCUCAGGUGGUCCUCUGGUUCUGUCGUACUGGCUUACUUCCCGAGGGAUCAGAUGAUGACGCUCUCCAAAUCUCCAGGCCUUUCUACACCCACUCAGUUAUCAGCAACUAUUAUACUAUACGUAGAGAGGAGCUCACCAGGCUAGCAAAGGGCAAGUGGUGUGCAGACUGCCUGAUGAUUGACGGUUUGGUUGGCCAAUGUGGUGAACGCUUGACCAACCUAUGGAAAAGGGAUGAGGGUGGUACAGGGCACUAUCCACCACCUACAUUGCAUGCCUUGUUGGACAUUUAUCUACUGGACAACAUCGAUGAAGCUACCAAACAUUCAAUUGUGAUUUACCUGUUGCUGGAUGUCAUGUACUCCUUCCCCAAUAAGGAGGGAGCAUCAGUGGAGUCUUUCCCCACAGCGUUUGCCAUCCCUAUUGGACUGGUGAAACUAGUACAAGGCCUCUGGCUGCUGGACCAUCAUGACCACCAGAGUUCAUUUGAGCUGCUCCUGCAUCCAGCUGCCUCUCAGUGUCAGUUUGAGUGGCAGCACGAGCGCGUCCUGCAAGCUCUCAUGUGCCAGGGCCAGCACACAGUGGCGCUACGAUAUUUUCAUGUCACGAAGCCCCCAAUUUCCUCCACCUCCCAGGCCAAACUCUGCCUGUCUGUACUGCUACACAACAGGUGUCUCAUAGAGGCAUGGUCCUUACUUCGGCAGCACUCUAAUCGACUCAACAUGGGUGAGCUGCUGGGCUUCCUGUACGAGAGCUGCCAGGAGCUGGGUCUCAUCAAGGAGCUGCUCAAACUGCCCCUGGGUCUUACUGAACAGGAAUGUUUGGAGAAGUUUCUCCAGGGUACAGGGGGUCUCCAAAACAGAGAACUACUGAUGGUUCAUUACCUUCAGCAGGCCAACUACAUACCUGCUCUGCAGCUCAACCACAGCCUUAAAAUGAAUCUGGUGAAUGAGCGCGACCCAAAGCUUAAAGAACGAACCAACACCAGGAACGCUAUAUUGGAUCAGUAUGGCAAAGUUUUGCCCAGAGUCCAGAGGAAACUGGCAAUGGAGAGAGCCAAGCCUUACCAGCACCCAUAUGCCAUCCACAGAGAAGUUUCUCGGCCGCAGCCGUUGUCGACUAUCACAAAGCGCUCUACCAGUGAGAAGGUGAUGUCCAGGGCUGGAUUUAUCAACAAUGUCUUGACCAAGAUUGAGGAGGUGUGGUUAGGCAAAGGAGCAACACCACAGUCCUCCCCAGCCAAGAAAACCAAGCCAGCUGAUACCCAGAGCCCGAGCCCCAGGCCCUCCUCUUCAGCCCUUCCUGAUCCCUUCCUGGGAACUCCUAUCACAAUGACCUCCAAACGAAAGUCAAGGCUGGUGGACUUGGUGGUUCACCCCUCCUGUCUGAGCCCUCAACCUCUUCUUAGCCCCCCCAGACCUCCCAGCUCCUGGGUUUCCCCAAAGAGCAUCAGCAAAGCCCCUGAACUCAGUCUGCUGCAAACACCACAGGUUGUCAAACGAGCUCGGGCCUUGGCUGCCUCUGGCCCAGUGUUCUCAGCCUUCACUCCCCAAUCCAUCCUCCGCAGCAGCCUCAGGCCUACACCUGUUGCCACCCCUUCUGCCUCUCCAGGGCGCUCCAUCACCCCUCCACUCCGCAGCAAGGAGAGCCGCAUCACUUUCAUCGAAGAGUCUCCUGAACCAGAGAAGGGCAUCCGAUGGACCAAUGGGAUGGCAGCAGACAGUGAGAUUAGCUUGCUGACCAGAGGCUCCACGCUGUCCAAGGCCACAGGUAAAUCCUGGUCUUCACAGCCUGCUGAGGAGGAAGAGGAUGCAGAUGAGGAAAGGGAACAACCGCAUGUGAAGUUCUUGCCUCCUGAAGGUGGUAUUCCCUCACCGCACCUGAGAUGCUCUGAGAGUGAGUCGUCCUCCAUCCAUGAAGAAACCAGACCAUCAGAUGCAACGCAAGCACGACUUACCCUGAGCUUUGACACCAGUCAAACAUCUGUCCAGUCAACAGACACCACCUUAGAGUUCUAUGAUGCACCUCUAUCAGGAGACCAGGAAAUAGAGGAGGGGCACACAGCUACAGAGAAAGAUGAGGAGGUAGUGACACUGAACAUCAAAGCCCUAACUGAAAAGGAGGAUCCAGAGGAAAAGACUUCACAAACCACUGAGGAAAUCCCUGUUCUCACAUCAGAAAAUAGAGAGAAGGAAGAAGAUGAGGUGAAGGAGGAGGACAAAACAUUUGAAGACGUGAUGGAGUUUGGCCUUGAACAGGAGGCUAAAAAUGAGGGAGAAGUUCAGUCUGAAAAAGAGGAUGAACAGGAUGUUGAGUCAAGUAGCAAACAAGAAGAUGCUGCAACUCUUGACCAAGAGGAGACCCCUAGUCACAGUCAAGUUUGUAAUCAGGUAACUGAGAGCACAGAUUCUGGCACAGAGGUCGAAUCUCAGGAUCAACCAGCGGAAGCCACUGAACAGGACGUCCAGUCGAAGGUCACAAAGUCCACUGAGCAACUUAAACCACCUGAGACCACAGAACCAACAAAUGAACCAGAGGAGGAUCUGGAACAGUCGACGGCAGAUCUGACAGAAUUUGUGCAGCAACGACUGUUUGGCAGCGAUCUGUCUCCUCCUCUCACCCGCUCAGGAAUCCACAGUGCAUCACGGACGGAGGUGUCUUUCAACAGUGAGUCACCAGGUGAAGUUGAAGAGGAGGAGGAGCAGGCAGCUGCUGAAGCGCCCCCAGUUUUCACCAUCCAGAAAUCUACCGCCUCUGUGACAUCCUCCGAGCCAACUGGCACAGACUCGCACUCUGUUGUGAGUGUAAACGAUAGUGAAGAACUUUCCAGCCCUGUGUCUGAGGAAGAAGAAGAAGAAGAAGAAGAAGAAGAUGAUGAUGAUGAGGAGGAGUCUGAUCAAGCUGAGGAGGAUGAAGAAGAAGAAGAAGAAGAAGAAGAAGGAGAGGAGGAGGAGGAGGAAGACUCUGGUAGUGAGGUGGAGAUCAUUGAGGAGGUGCAGGGCAAUGGGAGGCUCCCACCCCUCCAACCCAGUUCAGUCUUUGUUCAACAGGGACAAACUCACUUCCUGCCAAGUCUGUCAGAGGAGGAGGCUGCUGUGUUCUCUCUGGUCGCACCCGGUGCAGAGAUGAAGAUAGUGGAGGAGGACAUGGAGGGCGAGGUGGUGAUGGUGAGACUUGGGGCCGAUGAAGGGGCGAUGGAGGCAGUGGAAGAUGAGGAGCAAGGAUCAUCAUACAUGGAGCUCAAACCCUCUACCACUCUCCUGGUGCCUCUGGAGCUGAUGGAGGGCCAACACGGCCUGGUCGGGAGCGCCGAGCUGGACCUUCCUGACAUUCAGCAGACGGUUGUGACGGACGACCUGAGGACCGAAUCUCACGGCAGCUUCUCUCUGAUGCUGGAUAUGGAUGAGGAUGGGGUUAAAGAUGAAGACAUACUGCCAUGUCCUCUGGAGAAUGAUCUGCAACCCUCCGGUCUUUCCAUCCAGCCUCCAGUAGAGGAGGCUAGUGAGGAGCUUAUGGUCAAACCUGAGGUUAUUCUUUUGGGCGUAGACGACCAGGAUACUCCCUUGUUUGGAGAAGUCUUACAGGAUGACCAGAGGAAAGAGUUGGACAUCGUGGAUGGAACAGAGGUAGAUGGACUGACAGAACCAGAACCUGUAAACCUCCAAACUGACACAGAACAGACUGAAAACGCUGGGACAUGCCAGGAGACAGAAGGUGCCAGUGAGCAGAAGGUUUCUGAUUUAGUACCGCUUGCUGAAGAUCAGGAACCUGCAGCUCCUUCUAAACCAACUCCAGCAGAAGAACUCCCAGUGGUUGCAGAUGACGAAGACUCUGUGGCAAAGGAAGAUGCUGCUGAUGAGGAGCUGGGAGAGGAGGAAGAUAAACCAACACCCGCUGAGGACCAGGAACAGCCUGAAGAAAAUGGGCCCAUUAAAAUAGAUGCUGAAAUUGUGCCUAGUGCAGAGACUGUGCCUGCUGUGGAGGAGCAGUUGCAGGACCACAGAGCCUUAGUAGAGACAGAAGAGGAUAACAUGGAAGAAACUACGAAAGAGAAGGAAACAAGGAGGAGUACUAGGGGAAGACUGAGACAAGAUAAAGGUGCUGAAGGGAAAUCCGUGAAGCAGGUCUCGAGCUCAAAUAGUGAGCCAGAGGAACAGCCUGUACCAGAGACCCCCACCUCUCAGAAGAAGAAGGCUCCUUCCACCCCAACACGGAGGACCACGAGAGGGAAGAGGAACGUUACUUUUGUGUCUCCGCUCCUGGAGGAAGCAGAGGAGUCAGAGGAGGGGGUGAAAGCAGACAAGGCAGAGACGAACUCUCUGGAGGUCCCUGCCUCACCUAGACGUACACCCAGGAAAACUAAAUGGGUCAGAGAAGUCCAAGCCAGCACACCUCGAAGAAGUACCCGCAGAGCUCAGCCGGAACCCCAUAGAGACGAGGUUGAGGACAACGAUACCAUAGUUGCAUCGACCUCCAAGAUCUCUUCUCCAGCCAGACGACGGGGUCCCCAGAGGACCAGCCAGAGGACACGGACUGGCAGUGAGGAGGUGUCUGCAGCCACAGAGGCUGAAGUCAAAGAGGAGGAGGAAGAUGAAGAGGAGGAAGUCACACAUAUGAAAGCUGGUCGACGAACAGGCUCCAAGACUCCCACACCUGCCAAACGCAAGACCGCUCAGGGAAGCACUCCUAGGAGGUCCACCCGACGGAUAUUGAAUAGCAGCGAGGUGGAGUCGGCGCCAUUGGAGAUCUUGAAAGAGGAGAAGGAACAGGAUGAAGUCUUCGCUCCCUCCUUCAAACGCAGCUCCAGGAGGGUGAAGACGGAACCGUCAGAGACACAGCUGGACCUGCUGGAGGAGGACGAGGACAAGAAACUGCAACUUUCCAGCCCUGGCAGGACGACUCGGCAGUCCAACCGAAUUACCCUGAAUGUUUAUCCACAGGUGAAACUGGUUCCUGUAUCACUUCCUCAGAGUGCAAAAAAGACAAGACGAGACAUGAUCGCUGAGAACAUAAAGGAAAGUGAGGAUCUGCUCGAGUCUGAACUGAACAGCAACUCCCGUCGACCAACUAGGAGCAAACUCUGGAACCACCCUGAGGAGGACCUUCCCUUGCUGGACUCUCCGCUGGAGGUGGAUUCUGAAACCCCUGUCGCAGACGCCCUCAUCAAGAGACUCCAGGAUGAGGAGGAGAAGCAGGAAGGAGGAGUAGUUGUCUCCAAGAUGGUGAGAACUAGCAAGAGGAGUACGAAGUCAUCCACGGAACAGGAUCACUCGCAGCCUCCUGCAAAAGACAGCCCGGUCCCUGACCCCAAAGAGGACGAGUCCAGUCCAGGCGAGCAUUCAUUCAUCUAUUCCCCUUCACGACGAAGAACAAGAGCCCGUAGAGCAGAGUCUCCCGGUCCAAGUGAAGAGCCUGCAGCACCUGCCACUCGCAGCAGGAGAAGAGUCAACAAAGAGGUUUCUCCUCAGGAUGCAGUUGCUUCAGAAGAUCACAUGGAAGUGGAGAAAGCCGCAGGUGUUUCUAAAACCAGAAAAACAGGCAAACGAACGGCCAAAUCCAAAGGCGUCUCAGAACCGCCUCCCAUGGCAGAGGUGGACCUGAUCUCGCCUCUGCCCAGCCCGGCCGAUCAGCUCCCACGAGCGCUGAAGAGGAUUAAAGACGGAGAGGCCCCGACCUCAAGCAUGAACCUUCGACGUAAACGUAUAAUGGACACCGUUUUCACAAAGCCUGUCACCCGGAGGAAGAAACUAUAAGGAGGUUGGUGGUUGUUUUAACCAGCGAACCUCAAGAUCUGAACCACACUUAAGCGAAGAGCUGUCAAAAUAAAAAUGUUUUCCUUGAAACUCACGAUGGAUCUGUUUCCUCAAAUGCCUCACAGAGCUGAAGUUGUCUUUGUAUAUUGACUUCCCUGUAGGACAAUAAAAUAAAAGCAAUGAGAGGACUAUAUUUUUGGAGUUUACACGUCCCGCUCGUACUAACUUGAUUUCACUUAGUAUUGUAUCCGUGGCCAUUUUGUGAUGCUCCUUGUAAUCCGCUUAAUUCUCUGGGCACAGAAUGGCACAAAGGAAUGCAAUCAGUGUGGGUUUUCAGAAGCUCCCGUUAAUAAAACCAGAGACUGAACUGAACUUGCCUCUGAUAAAGAGGUUUUAUUUACAUUCUCUUUUAUUUUAAGGUUUUUUUUUUGUUGUUGUUUACUUUUAAGAUUUCGAGGCCUGCUGUUUUUUCUAUUUAAGAAGAAAAGCAACCAACCCAGUGGAGAUGAAACAUUUCCACUUCUAAAUUUGUAUAUAGUCUUUUGCUAUGUUCCAAAUAAAGUUAAUAAAUAAAUCCUAAAGAAUUAUGUUCAUUUUUAAGUUUUAUGUGUCUCACCUAAUCAGACUGCCUAUGCCAUAGUCUUACAAUUUCAGUUGAUUUGGGACGUUUUCUGUGAAAGAGGCACAGACUUGUACACUAUUGCCAACAGAAUUGGACUGUUUUUGUAUUGUCAUUGGGAUGUUAUAUAUUGUGAAAGAAGGGGAAAAAAGACUUGCACAGCGUUUGGAACUUGUUUUGGGAGUUGUUAAUAGGCUUGUUUAGUUAAAUUUAUGGCAACCACCAUCUGACACAUAGGCUAUUUUCUGAUGAAUGUAUGUAGAAUGUCCUAUUUUUGAUGACUGCUCUUUGAUAAAUAUGGCAAAGCUUGAAUACCUCUCUA